ACGCUCAGUGGUCUCACCAAUCACCAGCUGGAUUGUAAUGGAGACAGUGUCUAACUGUCUACUGCGACUGCUUAUUCAUGAUUGAUUUGAAGCUCUAGGUUGGCGUUUAUUGACUUCUUACUACAUCUCAUCUUGUACAAGUGCACGUGAGAGAAUUCCUCUACAAGUGGAGAAGAAAUGGCUACCGAAUGAAUUUGAACACUAUGAAACUAUCUCUCAAUGCCAUUCGGAUAUAAAUUAAACUGGUCAGCUGAUGUGUGCUCUGAAAGAAAAUCAUCACUAACAAUCAUUUUGCAGCCCGGAUUUGCCCUUUACGAACUAGGAGCUGUUCGUCCAAAAAAUGUCGUCAACGUAGCAUUUCGCAACUUUAUCAACACAACUAUUAGUACGCUAACCUACUGGCUUACCGGCUUCGCGCUCGCCUUUGGCGAUGGCAAUGGCUUCUGUGGUCUACAGUAUUUCGGCCUUGUCGAUCUGCCCCACGAGAUGAUGGCCCAGUGUUUUUACCAGUACACGUUUGCUGCCAUUGCUUCAACCAUCCCUUCGGGAGUAGUACACGAACGCUGUUCGACGAUCGCAUUUGUUUCCUACACGGCAUUAACCUCUGGAUUUAUUUACCCGAUUGCAGCCCAUUGGGUGGCGACAAAAAAUGGCUGGCUCCAUCAGUUGGGUUUCGACGACUUUGCUUUUAGUGGCGUGAUUCACGCUAUGAGCGGCUCGACGUGCUUGGUGGCAGCUUAUUUAACUGGCCCUCGAAUGGAUCGCUAUAGUCCUGACGGGAAACGCCGUCUUAUUCCACCUCAUUCUUUUCCGCAAAUGGUCCUAGGAGCCUUUAUCUUUCUCGUCGGAAUGGUGGCUUUUAAUGCUGGAUCGCAAGGAUCGAUUAGCCAACCCGGCGAUGGAUUAAUGAUUGCCAAAGUCACCAUUAACACACUCAUUUCUGCUGCGACUAGCGCCGUGACUGGUUUGAUUUAUCAUCGCUUUGUAGUGAACAGAUAUACUAGAUACUGGGACCCUGCCAGCGCAAUCAACGGAAGUUUUGUUGGAAUGGUGGCCAUCUGCGCAGGAUGCAAUAAAUUUCAAUGCUGGGGUGCGUUCACGCUGGGUGUGUCAUCCUACUUGUUCUAUUUGGUUGUCCAGGCAGCGGUUGAGAAGUUGGAAGUGGAUGAUGUCGUGGAUGGGAUUUCAAUUCAGAUUGGUGGAGGUUAUGUCGGCCUUCUUAGUGUACCCCUAUUAAAAGAAGAGGGAUUGCUGACCAAUCCAUCUCAAAAUACUGCUUGGGAUCUAUUGAUUAACGCUGGAGGUGGUAUCGUCAUCAUGUGUUGGUCUUUUUCUAUUAUAUCGUUACUUUAUAUCGUCUUGCGUUACUUUGGCCUCCAUCGCGUCUCUGCAUCCGACGAACACGUCGGUUUGGACAUGACGUUGCAUCGAGAAAAAGCUUACGAGUUUUGCAAUGCCAAAGGGACGCCAGUUUGUUUGCCAUUGUAACUGCACAUUAAAUUCUCUCAUCCGUUACUCUUGUGCAAAACUGCCGCUCAGGAAAGUAAACUGAUCCUUCGGUCUAAGGUGUAGCUUAAAACGAAAAAUAAAAUUCCAAGGCCAAUGCGACCUCAACAAAA